AUGGGCUCAGCAGGAGUAGACAAGCCCGAGACGCGGCUCUUCAUCAAUGGCAAGUUCACCGAGUCCUCGGACGGCAAGACAUUUCAGAUAAAGUCGCCGGCGACGAGGGAGGUGGUUGCGGAUGUCUUCGAAGCCAGUGAAUCCGACACCGACUCCGCCGUCGCGGCCGCCAAAGCCGCCUUCCCAGCGUGGUCGGCCCUUUCACCGGGCGACCGGGGCGUGUAUCUCAAAAAGUUGGCCGCCCUGCUUCAUGAGGCCAGCGACGAGCUGUCCCGCCUCGAAGCCCUCUCGAUGGGCCGGCCUGUCUCGACAUACUUUGACGCCCACGCCGCGGCCAGCACCUUCGAACACUACGCCGAAGCGGGCUACGAUGCCCAGGGCGCCAGCAGCCUCAACACGCCCGGGUUUGUGAACAUGACCUUCAAGCAGCCCUACGGCGUCGUCGCGGCCAUCAUCCCCUGGAACGUGCCGCUCGUGUUCUUCGCGAAUAAAGUCGCGCCCGCCCUGGCUGCGGGCAACACGGUCGUGCUGAAGAGCAGCGAGAAGGCCCCACUCACGUCGGCCAAAGUGGCCACAUUGGUCGAGCGCGUAGGGUUUCCCGCGGGGGUCCUCAACAUCAUUUCGGGGCAUGGGCAAACUUCCGGCGCGAUCCUUUCGUCGCACAUGGACGUGCGUGCCCUAAGUUUCACGGGCUCGUGUCGCACGGGGCGGCUCAUCCAGGCGGCGGCCGCCAAAUCGAAUCUCAAGCACGUGGUGCUCGAGCUGGGCGGGAAAUCUCCCGCCAUUGUGUUUGAGGACUGCGAUCUCGACGCCGCGGUCCAGGAGACGCAGCAUAGCAUCCAGUUCAACAGCGGGCAGGUGUGCAUGGCCAACAGCCGGAUCUACGUCCAGGACACGAUCGCCGACAAGUUUGUCGAGGCGUUCAAGGAGAAGUUUGCCCAGGUUGCCGCAGGGGAUCCGCUGGACGCGAAGACCACCCAUGGCCCUCAGGCCGACGAGGUCCAGUAUAACACGGUGCAGAGGUACAUUGAGGCCGGGAAGGCCAGCAGCACGCUCGCCAUGGGUGGGACCAAGGAAGUCAGCGGCCUCUCCGGGGCCAGUGAGCAAGGGUAUUUCGUGCCGCCGACGGUCUUCCUCCACUCGCCCGAGGAGGCCGUGGUGAUGAAGGAGGAGAUCUUCGGACCCGUGGUCAACAUCAACACGUUCAAGACCGAGGACGAGGUCAUCGCAAAGGCAAACGAUAGCGAGUUCGGCCUGUAUGCCUCCGUGUAUACCAAGAACAUCGACCGAGCGUUACGGUUCGCUAAGGCGCUGGAAGCAGGUACCGUGGCUGUCAACUGCACGAGUCCCAUGACUGCACGGGACAUGCCAUUUGGUGGGUACAAGAGCAGUGGUGUGGGCCGAGAAGGGUUUGGACAUUCUCUCAACAACUUCUUGGAGACGAAGACGGUCUUGAUCAAGAUCAAGUCGUGA